UAAUUUUCCCUGAACAAGGUGUGCCCAUCAAUCACACGCGCGCGCGUCCACACACACACAUAUAAACUGUACCAGACCCUGUGCUGGUAGGGUGAAUAGAUUAGUUUCAAACCUAACGGUCCUUUUAUGACCGUUAGCUUGAUGCUAAAAGCCUCAGAAUAAAUUGAAGGGUAGACACUCUACUCUCUCUUCCUUCUCCACCAUUCUGGAAAUGUAGUUCUAGAUCUUAUGGUCCCUUAAGGCUUAAGGCUACUAAUUAGCUAUUCAAUUAACACUUCCAACCAACCUUCAAUUAUGCCAUCCAAUGUACAUAUAUAUAUAUAGGCAUGUAUACAUGAGCAUAGAACCAAAGCAACCAAAGCAACUCCACCCUUCUACACUCACCCAGAAAUGGCUUUCAGAAGAGUGGAAACCGCCCUUAUUUUCCAUCUUUUGCUUCCCAUGGCCUCACUAGUUUACUCAUUCCCCAUCGAAUUCUCUAUUGCCGGGUACGAGUUUGACCCAUAUUUGAAUGCUAGUGAGCCAGCUAUUGAGCUCUUCGAGCGGUGGAGGGCGAAGCACGGGAAGGUCUAUGCCUAUCCUGCGGAGAAGGCGCGGAGGUUUGAGAACUUCUUGAACAACCUUGAGUAUGUAAGGAGGAGGAACACGGGCCGCGACGGGUUAGGCCAUGUGGUGGGGCUCAACAAGUUUGCCGAUCUGAGCAACGAGGAGUUUAGAGCGAGGUAUGUGAGUGGGAUGCCGAGGGGUAGAUACAGGAGGGAGAGAAGGGCGAUGGGAAGGAGGGACGAUGAGAUGUGCCAAGCUCCGCGAUCGCUGGAUUGGAGGAAGCGAGGGGUUGUCACCGAAGUAAAAGAUCAAGGAGACUGCGGAAGCUGCUGGGCAUUCUCCUCAACAGGAGCAAUGGAGGGAGUAAAUGCUAUAACCACAGGAGAGCUAAUCAGCCUCUCUGAACAAGAACUCGUCGACUGUGACACAACCAAUGAAGGAUGUGAGGGAGGAUACAUGGAUUAUGCAUUCGAGUGGGUUGAAAGCAACGGAGGAGUUGAUACAGAAUCGGAUUAUCCAUACACUGGGAAAGACGGCACAUGUAACAUAGAAAAGGAGAAAGCGAAAGUGGUGACAAUUGACGGAUACCAAGAUGUAGCUCAAAGUGAAAGGGCUCUUCUUUGUGCUGUAGUUAAGCAACCUGUUAGUGUGGGUAUUGAUGGUUCAUCACGGGAUUUUCAGCUGUACACUGGAGGGAUUUACGAUGGAGACUGCUCGAGCAAUCCAGACGACAUCAAUCAUGCAGUAUUGAUUGUCGGGUACGGAUCAGAAGGCGGCAGAGACUACUGGAUCGUCAAGAACUCGUGGGGAACAAGUUGGGGAAUGAAAGGAUACAUAUACAUCAGAAGAAACACCAAAUUACCAUACGGCGUCUGUGCAAUUAAUGCAAUGGCUUCCUACCCCACAAAAGAACCUACUUCCCCUCCUCCAUUCCCAUCACCAGCUGUGCCGCUGCCGCCACCUCCGCCACCUCCUCCUAGUCCAGUCCCGAUUAUAUGUGGACUAAUGUCGUACUGUCUGUCCGGCGAGACUUGCUGCUGCCUGUUUCAGUUAGGGGAUUUCUGCAUGCUCUACGGUUGCUGUGCUUAUGAGAAUGCAGUUUGCUGUGCCGGAACAGUCCAUUGCUGCCCACAUGACUAUCCGAUAUGCGACAUCGAAGACGGGCUCUGUCUGCAGAACAGAGGCGAUUUCAUAGGAGUAGCAGCGAAAAGAACAAAAGUUGCAAAGCACAAGUUACCCUGGAAAAAGUUUGCAGGGGCAAAUAACCAUUAUCAGUCUCUAGUGUGGAAGAGAGACGGGCUUGAAGCCUUUCGCUGAAAGAUUUAGUCGAUGUUUCAUAAGGAAAAGAGGGAAAAAAAACGAAAAAGAAAAAAAUGGAAUGAAUCUCAUUUGUGCAAUAUGUUAUCGAUGUUUCAUUGCACAUCAAAACUCUUACUGUUAAUUUGUUUAACGAAAAGGAAAAUAUAAUAUUUGAGUAAAUAAAAUGAGAUGGACAUUAAAGAGGCUA